AAUAGCAGCAAUCCUCGUUACCGUCAUGUUCAAUCCGAAGCCUUGCGUUUGAUCUUUGCUUUCCAUCUAUGUGUUGUCCCUCAAGCGUUUGCUGUUGUCUCUUGUUGGGCGUAUUUGCGGUAACAACUGCAACCUCCUCCUUCCCAGAGUAGGCAGCCGCUCCACAGUGGUGCAAAGUCAACAGAACCCAGGCAUCCUCAGAACCAUCUCAUCCAUCUCACCACAGACUCGAGGUCAUGGCUUCGAAACUGUGCUGCACCGCCGAACAGGAGAGUCGACCAGACUCGCCCGAGCUGCCCAAUGCCCGUCUCACCAACACGACGCCAGCGAUGGUGCCUCUGCUCCCCAGACAGCCCAGCUUGCCGAAUUCUCGCUUCACCAGCGCUCGGUCUGACGAGCUUCAUGAGCUUCGUCAGAUCUUCGAAAAUGCUGAAGAUCGAGCCUCGCCGACCAAGGGCCCUCGUUCACGCCUUAGCCGUUCGUCUAUGCACAGCUUGCACAGCUUGCACAAGAUGAAAAGCAUGCGAUCGAUAAUCAGGCGGAGGUUUUCGAAGGAUCUCACCAAGAAAGGCACAGGUGUCGACCCGAGGGUAACGAGCCAGGUCGCUGAUGCAGAUGCUGCUACGGUGAUCAAGCAGCCACGAGAUGCAGCGAGCGAGCAGCUCAAGAUCGUGAAAGCCGGCCUGCGGAAGGACUUGCUCAGUGACAAGAGACCAGAUGAAGGAGGUUACGACUCUGACGCGGAAGUGCUUGGUGACAUUGCGAAGAACAUCAGCAAGAAGUCGCCCAGUAAGAGACCCAGCAUCCACAGCAUCGAAUGGUCAUCGUCUAUGAACAGUAAAGCAACACCCGCAUCAUCGAAGGAGAGUCACUACAGCGCAGAGCUCGGUCACGAAUUACAACCUUACCAAAUACUAAAGCCCCCAGCUGCCUCACUCUCAUCCCGUUUUAGUCAUGUCUUGAGCACGCCGAAUCUGCGAGUACCCGCUCUAAACGACCAGGAGCGUAGUCUGAGGCGCUCACACUCUGCUACAUCGCGUGCCCUACCAGCCCAUUCCCCGCUCUCACCACUCAGGCUACCCAGUCUAGGUACUCAUGACAAAGAUGGAGUACCUUGGUCUGAGGCCAUGCACAAGAGCCUUCGCCUAUCGCAGUUCCCGAUGCCGCCACGCCAUGUCAGUCCGAUGCCUUCCAACGCAACCCUGGACAAAGAACAACUCUUGAAGCGUGGCGCAAACAACAAUGAUGGCUCGGUUGGUGCCGUAUCCGUACAUCCUCAUGUUACAGAGCCCCACACUGUCGCGUCAUCUACUCGUGCCAUCGAGAUUCGGAUCCAGCAGGCGACCUCAAUCGCAUCUCCACGCCCGUCCACGUCAGUACGAGGUAGCCUCCGCGAAAAUGCUCCACCUGCGAAAGUAGACACUACCGCGGAAAAUCAGGAGGAUAGCGAGGAUAACCCACGCCGCUCUGUGCACCUCUACAGUAUGCGCAUUUCGCACCACUUACGCUCAGGUUCUCUCCUAUCUUGGGACCAGUUGGCCGACACGUCCGAGAUGCCACCAACGCCCCGUGCCUUUCGAGAGCGUACUGUUUCAGAUCAGAGUCGGUUUUCCCACAAACAGAAGUCACUUGCCAGACAUGAGCGGCAAACAUCAAGUUCUGGGUUUGCCAGCUCGAAGAUCCCACACAAAUGGGGUAGAGUGCUUCCAUACGACCGCGACCCUCGAUGGGAUGUGGCCUCGUCGAUAUACUCCAGCAGACCUCAGAGUCCCCCGGGCAGCUUUGGCGGUUCCAUGAUCAACUUGUCGCGAUCGAAUACAGGAGACACGCCAAUCGCAAGAAAGCCGAGACGCUCAAACUCUUUCCCUACCGACAACGAGGAGACACCAAGGGCUGCACAACAGUACAGCAUGACAAACCUCAAAGCUGCUCAAUGUUCUUCGCCCAAGAGCUCCUUACUAGCGACGCCCACACCAUUGGCACGUAAAAACAGCGUUGCUAACACAAAGAAGUCGAAAUUCCGGGAAGAAUUCAGUCCCUCCCCACCGAGGAAGAGAUUGACACCAUCAGAGUCGAUCAUGAAGUUCUUGAACCCCAAGCGAAUGAGUAUACGCAGUAACAGCGAGGCCAACCUCAAGUUCGGCCAUCAAGACGUGGCGGCUUUCGACGGACCAUUCGACACUCUCGACGUCCCUGCCGAAAAGGAGCGUCGGCAGUCACGAUCGUUGAUAAGCUUGCAGGCCGAACAAGAAGAGCUCAAAAAGAACAAUGGCGCAAACCAUGUGUGGGAUCGUGCUUUGAAGGCUCAUCAGGAGGAGAAAGCGUCUAUGUUCCUUCCGAAAAACCGGGAACUUGCUGUCCAUGCCAGCCCAUUUCGGGAGCGCAGUGGGAGCACAUCCAUUCGACGGGCCAGCAUCGACGAGGAUUUGCACCCUGCUGCCGCGACUCUCGUGGUUAACAAACGCUAUUCAGCGCCCACUUUUGAUCCUAAAGGUCCUGGCACUCCUGGGCCCGAGUACCCUCCCGCACUUACCUCGAGACGCAGCGCUACGGCGGGUAGGGAAGAUUGCAGUCCUGGCCGUGCAAUUGCUAAUGCAUUCGAAACACAAGGCGAUAGUACUCAAGUUGUUGGAGUGUGGGGUAAAUAUCCUUCGCACACACGCCAUGAUCGUAAUUCGUCGGCUGGUAAGGUGGACUUGGUGGACACUCGUGACUUUGCUUUGGAAGCGGCGAUCAGGUUCGCCUCGGCGCCAGACCAUAACGUGGAUGACGAUCUCGUCGACCCAACGGAACGACUUCCGUCACCACCCCUGCUGCCUGGGGAAAAAAAGAGGAAGAAGAAACUAGGUAGUGGCCGUGUGGCAAAGAGCAACUCGAUGACCUUCGGCAAAACGUUUCUCAAAAACUAUUCCAAGAUCUUCAAGAGUCAGAGUACCGAGUUUCGCCGACAUGGGCGCGGUCAUCGCAGUUCUAUCGCCAGUGGUGGCAUGCUCGAGUACCCUGAGCUGGAAGUUCUACCUGAAGUUUGGAGGCGUGGAUUCUCCGAGGAAGGCUCUGCUGGGCGUAGCAACGUCGUAGGUGGACAUGAUGGUCCAAGUGAUGAUCGAGUUGCAGGCACUGUGCAGGCGAAAGGAAAACUGCCCGCGGACGACUCCAUGGCGACGCUUCGUCCUCGACGAAACUCAUCAGCUCCUAAUCUCAACCAGCUCUCUUUCCUUCACGACGGUGCUGAUGAUCGAGAAAACGUCAAGGACAGUGCCCGUGUUUGGUCGGUAUACUAUGAGUCCUGCGUCCCUUCAUUCCCUCGUCAGAGCACGGACAAUGACCUGGAGGACUUUGGUCCAUCUCGCCUCUCGUUCGACAGCAAGCGUACCUCGAUGCACUCGCGUACCAUGCCGGCUCGCCUUACAAAGCAUUCUCGUCACGGGAGUCAUCUGAGCCGCGCUAGUGUGGUGAGUCGAGGAAGCGCGCGACCAAGCUUCCUGUCCAUGGGCGAGGACGAUGUCGGCGAAGACAGGAGCCUGGUCAGUGUCAGGCGCAGCACGAUGGAUUUGAUUCAGCAGUUCAAGGAGCAGGAAGCCACCGAGCACGACAAAAUCCUGGCUCUCACGGGGAUAGGGGGUAGGCACGAAGGAGAGGGCUUGGCGGCGUUGUAGGUACCACUGCUGCUGAUUGGAGGGCAUGAGCGAUGCAUGGUUCUAUGGCAAUGGACCCUGAUGAGAUAUAUUAUUCCACGCAUUCUCAUUGCUCAGCGUGGAGUCUGUUAAAUGUUCAACUCUGGUACCUAUAAUCCAUAACCACAAAUUGUGAGGCUCAGGCAAAUACA